CGGAGGACAUUUUGUUUCCCCUUCGACGCCGGAAGUAGCCCGGUAAUAAAUCGCAGUCGGCCGAAACGACGGCUGCUGAGAUUUGUCCACUUUCACACUAUGGCCGAGGCAGACUUGUACACGGCGUACAAGGGCCUCUUGCUGCCCACUCUUGUACACCCUCCGCAGAGCUUAACGCGCUUCGAGACGUUCACGUUUCGCCCAGAGGACGUUGUCAUUGCAACUUACCCCAAGUCAGGUACAACUUGGAUGCAGGAGAUCGUCCCCUUGAUCAUGAGCGGCGGAGACCCUGCUUCAGUGGAGACCCUCCACAACUGGGACCGUGUUCCCUGGCUGGAGGAGGGUCGCAGUUGCGGCCUCAAUCUCGAUGACAGGCCGUCGCCACGCAUGUUCACGACACAUUUCCCUCCCCGUGUGAUGCCGCCGUCUUUCUUCGAGGUUAAGCCGAAGGUCAUCUAUGUCAUGAGGAACCCCAAAGAUGUAUUUACGUCAUCUUUUCACUAUUGUGCGAUGGCCUCCUUCCUGGUUGACCCAGGACCACAGAAUGAGUUUCUCCAAAAGUUCCUUAAAGGAGAAGUCAUGUUUGGCUCAUGGUUUGAUCACGUAAAGGCCUGGCUCAAUUAUGACGAGCGAAUAUUUUACAUCUGCUACGAGGAAAUGGUCAAGGAUCUUAAAGGCUCUGUGGCCAGAAUCGCUCUGUUCCUGCAGAAAUCUUUGGACGACGACGUGAUCGGUACGAUAGCAGAGCGAUGCGUGUUCGAGAACAUGAAAAAGAACAACAUGUCAAACUACUCUGCAGUUCCCAAGGAAAUCAUGGACCCCGCAAAGUCUGAAUUUCUCAGGAAAGGGCCUCCACACUGUAGGACAACGCAGACACCAGUUUGAGAAGCCAAAGUGCUCCAUCAAACUGAUCUCUGAAAGAGCGGACGGCACGGUGGGCCACUGGUUAGCACAUCUGCCUCACAGUUCUGCGGUCCAAGGUUCAAAUCCAGCCUUGCCUGUUUGCACGUUCUCUCCGUGCCUGCGUGGGUUUUCUCCGGGUACUCCGGUUUCCUUCCACAUCCCCAAAACAUGCAUGGAAGGUUAAUUUAAGAUUCUAAAUUGUCCAUAGGUGUGAAUGUGAGUGUGAAUGGUUGUUUAUCUAUAUGUGCCCUGCAAUUGGCUGGCGACCAGUUCACGGUUCUCGCCCAGAGUUAGCUGAGAUCGGCGCCGGCACACCCCUACCCUUGUGAGGAUAAGCGUUUCAGAAAAUGGAUGGAUGGAUGGAUGGAUGGAUGGAUAUCUCCGAGAGCUUUGGUACCAACACUACCCACAGGAGACAAGCCUAUAGUCCCUGUAAAGUGAACAUAGAAAUGCCUUCUAAUUUAUUCAGCACAUCAAAAAUGUCCUAAAUCGCCUAAAAAUCUUCGACAAUUUUGCUUUAUUUUGCGAAAUGUAAAUUGAUUUAUUUUCUUACUUUAUAAAGCCAUUUCAAUAAAGUAUUUUUUUUCCAAAUUAGCCUCGGCGCAAUCAGUUGAUGAUGAAAAUGAAACAUGGGUGGACAUUUCAUCCGGAUAAUGAUCCCAAACAUAAUGCCAAGGAAACUCUCAACUGGUUUCAAAGAAGAAGAAAAAAAAAGUUGCUAGAAUGGCCCAGCCAAUCACCUGACUUGAAACUAACCGAAAAUCUAUGGAAAGAACUGAAACUCAAGGCCCAUAAAAGAAGCCCAUGGAACCUUCAAGAUUUGAAGACUGCUUGUGUGGAGGAAUGGGCCAAAAUCACACCAGAGCAAUGCAUGCGACUAGUUUCCCCAUACAGCAGGCGUCUUAAAGCUAUCAUUGCAAACAAAGGCUUUUGUACAAUGUAUGAAAUAAAUACCAGUCGGCGUGUUCAAUACUUUUUUCGUGUGUCAUUUCACAUUAUUACACAUAAUUUCUGAGCUUAUUUGUUGUACUUUAUUUGUUUGUAUGGAUAUUUAAUGAGAAAAAUGGUGAUGUGUUAAAAUAAUUAUUUUAGCUGCUGUGUGUGUAUUAUAUAUAUAUUUAGGUGGCACGGUGGUCGACAGGUUAGAGCGUCUGCCUCACAGUUCUGAGGACUGGGGUUCAAUCCCCGGCCCCGCCUGUGUGGACUUUGCAUGUUCUCCCCGUGCCUGCGUGGGUUUUCUCCGGGCACUCCGCUUUCCUCCCACAUCCCAAAAACAUGCACAUUAAUUGACAACUCUA